AUGGGAGAUUGUCCGCAAGAUUUCAAUGCAAAGCAUAAUGUGAACGCCACGGUGACGCAACUACGAGCCAAGUUUCGAUACUUGCAGGACCAAUUUUUCCGUGUGCGUGGUGAAAAGAUUGACGCAACAAAAGACUCUGAAAAGGUCGUGGUGUACCCACGAUAUUGGGAGUUGCUACUCGAACACUUUGUUAAUGAAGAGCCCCAACGCCAUGCCAGUGUUGAUAGAGAUGACACACGGCCGAUAUCAAAUGACAGUCAAAUACCGAGCAUGCCGAGUGAGGUCAACAACGAUGUGCCAGUUCAGUCAGAUCCUGUUCCGUUGAUCCAGCCAAAUCCUGUGGUUGUGAACAUGCCCCUUGUUCAGCCAGUCCCAGCUCAGUCAACCCCGAUCGAUGUAGCUCCUGUCCAGGAAGGCUCUCAAACUCAAGUUUCCAUGACCAGAGAGAUUUCAUCGCCUGUGCUUCCGAAUACGGCUUCAAAAAGAAGAAGGAAAAAUACUCUGGAAGUCGCUACUAUUCAACAAAACCAGCAAUCAGUCGUGUCAUCAAAUGCCGAUGCUGUUUGUGGCAUUGCAGAGAAAUUGGAAUCGAACGAGGCCAUUCGAGGUCUUCAGCAGACACUGAACCAGUCCAACCAAGUAAACGCCACUCUGCUAGAAUUCCUUCAGCGCUAG